GAUGUCGACGAAGAUGCUGUGUCAAUACCACUUGAACAAGGAUGGAGAAGACAAACACGUCUAAGACCAAUCGGCCCACAAGGAGCAUUGCGUGGUGAUGUCUUUUACUUUGCACCCUGUGGCAAGAAACUGAGAACUUAUCCCGAUGUAACAAGGUAUUUGACAAACAACAUCACCUAUUUUACACUGGAGAACUUCAGCUUCAGCACCAAGCUUCACAUUGGUGAAAUCCUGGAAUGGAAGGAGGGAAAUACAUUUGAGCUGUUAAGCCAGGAGGAGGUCCAAAGAAGGAAAAACGAAGCAGACAAUAAAAAGAAGGUGAAAUUGGAAAAGUUAGCAAAGAGAAACGAGAAAAAACAGCAAAAAAUGGCAUUAGCAAUGGCGUCACAAGAAAUCGAAGCGCGGAAAAGGAAGAAGGUUGAGCGCAUGCAGGCGAUUCAACAAGCAAGGCAGGCAAAGAAAGAACAAAUACGUAUGCGCAGAGAACAGAAAAAGCUAGACAAGGAAAACUUGAAACAGCAAAAGCGCAUGGAGAAACUGAGAAAGCAGGAACAGAUUAGAUUAGAAAAAGAGCUGAAAGCUCACAAAGCACAAGAGGCAAGGCGAUCCAAGAAGAGAGAUGUUGCCAGUGCAAAAUAUGAAGAGGCUGUAAAGAAAGCUAAGGACAGGGAGCUAAAGCGACAACAGGCUCUUCUUCUUAAACAGCAAGACAAAGAGCAAAAGCGGCAACAACAGAUGAUGAUAAGAGCUUUGGAAAUUCAAAGAAAAACAGAAGAGAGAGAAAGGCAAAAAGAAGAAAAGCGAAUGGAGAAAAAACUGAUCAAAGAAAGAAAACUAGAGCAAAAGAGAAGAGAAAUGAUUCUUGCUCGUGAGUUGAAAAAACCUGUUGAAGACAUGGUCCUCAGAGAUGCCAAGGAAUUACCAACUCUCCCAAGACUGGAGAAAUGCAUCAUAUCAGGCAAAGCUUUUGCUGAUCUGCUCAUGGUGAAGGAGUUUGUGGAAAACUUUGGAGAAGCCAUUGACAUAGAUCCCUCUACUGAAAUACCAAGCAUUACAGACAUGCAAUUGUGUCUUCUGAACAAAGGAGAAGACGUCUUGCUUCCACUAUGCCAGUCAUUGUUAGCACAAGCUCUAGAUGACCCUGGAUGCGAUGGACCAUAUUCUGUGACGUCUCUUGGCCAUCAUCUGCAUAAAGUGGAGCUGAMCGAAAAUAAUGUSUCUGAGAUUCUACGAUUGUUCAUUUUGAGUAGAAGCGCUGGGGAACAUGAAUUGGCAGAUUCCCUUUUGACCCAGCCAUUCCAGUCAUUGUCUUCGAUUGAGAAGAUUGGCACCUUGGCAUUCCUUUGUAAUGAACUUCUUUGUAGCAGGACAAUAUGUGGAGAGAUUGAAAACAGUAUAGAGAACAUGUCAAAUUUGMGAAAAGACAAAUGGGUCAUUGAAGGCAAGAUACGAAAACUUAAGGCUAUCCAAGCMGAAAAAUACCCCGUUGUUAAAAUCAAGAAACCACCAGGACGACCAAGAGCUGAUGCAUCAUUGCACAAUGAAAACAGCAAAGAUUCAAUGUCAGUAGCAGAGAGUAAUCAAGGCAAUGAUGAUGAUGAUGACGAYGAAGAGGAAGAAGAUGAUGACGAUGAYGAUGAUGAUGAUGAAGGCGGAGGUGGUGACAAUGGUGGUGAUGGCAGUGAAGAGUCUGAUGAGGAGGAUUAUGAUGCUGAACCCCAGUCACAGGAGGAACUGGAAAGAAAAUUGAAGAAACUUGAAAAGAAACAUGCACAAUUUCGUCAUAAGCUUUUYAAUCAUUCACACUCACUCAGGGCUCUUAGCCUUGGACAAGACAGGUUUAAACGUCGCUACUGGGUGUUACCACGCACAGGKGGUGUCUUCAUUGAAGGAAUGGGAAGUGCAGAGAUAGAAGGACAAACGGACAUUGUGAAAGAAGGUGAAGAAGUUCAAGGAGAUCGGGAGAGAGUUGAAAAGAUGGACAUCAAUGCAGCCAUUAAAGAAGGAGCUCGUAGCAAAAAAGGAAACCUUUUCAACGAUGCCCUUGUAAAUAGUUCACUGAAUGUCUCAGGACUUGAUAGCUCUGCAAACUCUUCUCUGUGCACAUCCACAUGUUCUACUCCGCAGUUCAUUAAGAUGGAACAUCUAUCGAAUAGUAGUCAACACAACAAGAACAGUGCGUCUCAGGGCGUAUGGUUUGGUUUGCUACCACGUAUGCCNGGA